AUUGGCUUCCCGUCCCUCACAACAAUGAACCCCCCACCGUCGCUGUCCCGCACGUCGUCCGACGCAAGCUUCUCGUCGUCGGACGACAUCACUCCCAGCGCCAUCAAUGCCUCGCGCCGCACGCGAAAGCGCUUCACCAACACACAGCUCACCAUGCUGGAAAAUUUAUUCCACCAGACCUCCCACCCGUCGAGAGAGGAACGCGAGGCUGUGGCAAAGGCUGGUCAAAUGGAAAUCAAGUCUGUGACGAUCUGGUUCCAAAAUAAGCGCCAAACAGAGCGCAAGUCGCAGCAGGCGAACAAGGAACCAAGCAACAGCAGCAGAACGGUCUCACCGACGUUCAGCAGCAGCAGCACAGUGAGCUCGUCCAAGAGUGCUGGGUCCACCUUGUCCCUGCGCGAGCGUCCGAACCUUGACCGCAUUGCCACGCGUACCGAAAUGCGCAACCACCACAACCCCCGAACACCGCGACGCCACGCUCAUCACUCCGACAGCACAUCCACCGGCGCAAUCUGGGACCACAUGCCCUCCUCGCCACUCACAGUGCCCCCUAGCCCAGCCACCUCAGACUACCUCGAUUUUGCUAAGCAUUCUCGUUCGACAAAACGCACGCUGGAAUGGGCCUGCGCUGCGGCACGCAUCAGCGACAAAGACCACCACCACUACCACCAUUCCGCGCAGAAACCCCACCACCACCAUCACCACCAUUCUCAUACUCAUUCCUCCUAUUCCCAUACCUCCAGCGGCGACUCGUCAUCAAUGGUCGUCGGAGGCAAAAGGACCGUGCACCGCGAGAAACCUCAGGCGAACUACCACCCUGACGUAACGCCCAAGGGCGCGCCCAUUGACUUGGACACGACGGACGACGAGGAUGAGGAAGCCAUUACCCCGCCGAGUACUUGGGGACGGGAUGACAACCGCUGGGACCACCACGGCUCAUACGGGACGACGGGCGCCUUCAAGAAACAACAGCAAUCGUUCCCUUACCCCAACGGCGUCGACGACGAUGACAUGAUGAAAGCCGCACUAGCCCUCUGUGGUCUAGGUGGCCGCCGUAUCUAA